UACAACUGAAGAAAAUUUUGACGGCUCUUAGUGGAUUUUUAAUGAGCCAGUGAGUGAAAACUUUUCACCAGACAGCUUAACUAUGUCUGGAAUGUCUAUGGAAGCUGAUAACAACUUCGUUAGUGUGCCGGAGGAUAGAGCGCCUGUACAACAUUCAGCUGGAGAGAAAAACGCAGAGCGAGAGGAGAUUUUACUAAGCACUUCCAGUGUUCCUAAUGAGUGUUCUGCAAAGUCAUUGGAAGCCGCGAGAGUUGACAGAGCAGAAACGGACGACCGGAAGCCUUCGACAGCCCAAGGAGAGAAAAGCUCUAGAAGAUUCUGAAGUUCCAGCGCACGUGCUGACUUAACCCAAAUGUGUGAAUUCACAGAGGUCCACUUGAAGAACCAUGGUUACAGCUAGAAGAUGAUGAUGAACAGGAGAAUUGCCUAGCAUCAAGUGGGGCAACCUGGGCAGGAACUCGCAAUCAAGCAAGAAAACAGAGAACUGAAAAUAGGAAUGGCCAUGCAUGGACUUCACAUAAAAGGACUGGCACAGGAGAGAAAUCAUGUAAAUGCAUGUCACCUCAGUAGACAUCAAAGAAAACAUGGAGGGGAGAAAAUGUAUCCCUGUAUGGAAUGUGGAAAGAGCUUCAGUCACAGUAGUAUCCUUAGAUCACAUCAAAGAACUCACACCGGGGAAAAACCACAUCAAUGCAUAGAAUGUGCAAAGAGUUUUAGUCAGAGUGGUCACCUUAGGUUACAUCAAAGGACUCCCACUGGAGAGAAACCACAUAAAUGCAUGGAAUGUGGAAAGAGCUUCAGUCAGAGUGGUCGCCUUAGGUUACAUCAAAGGACUCCCACUGGAGAGAAACCACAUAAAUGCAUGGAAUGUGGAAAGAGCUUCAGUCAGAGUGGUCGCCUUAGGUUACAUCAAAGGACUCCCACUGGAGAGAAACCACAUAAAUGCAUGGAAUGUGGAAAGAGCUUUAGUCACCGUAGCACCCUUAGGUUACAUCAAAGGACCCACACUGGGGAGAAACCACAUAAAUGCAUGGAAUGUGGAAAGAGUUUUAGUCGCAGUGAUACCCUUACAUCACAUCAAAGGACUCACACUGGGGAGAAACCACAUAAAUGCAUGGAAUGUGGAAAGAACUUUAGUAAGAGUAGUGACCUUAAGUCACAUCAAAGGACUCACACUGGGGAGAAACCGAAUAAAUGCAUAGAAUGUGGAAAGAGCUUUAGUCAGAGUGGUUACCUUAGGAAACAUCAAAGGAUUCACACUGGUGAAAAACAACAUAAAUGCAUGGAAUGCGGAAAGAGCUUUAGUCAAAGUAGCACUCUUAAGUUACAUCACAGGACUCACACUGGAGAGAAACCACAUAAAUGCAUGGAAUGCGGAAAGAGCUUUAGUCAAAGUAGCACUCUUAAGUUACAUCACAGGACUCACACUGGAGAGAAACCACAUAAAUGCAUGGAAUGCGGAAAGAGCUUUAGUCAAAGUAGCACUCUUAAGUUACAUCACAGGACUCACACUGGAGAGAAACCACAUAAAUGCAUGGAAUGCGGAAAGAGCUUUAGUCAAAGUAGCACUCUUAAGUUACAUCACAGGACUCACACUGGAGAGAAACCACAUAAAUGCAUGGAAUGCGGAAAGAGCUUUAGUCAAAGUAGCACUCUUAAGUUACAUCACAGGACUCACACUGGAGAGAAACCACAUAAAUGCAUGGAAUGCGGAAAGAGCUUUAGUCAAAGUAGCACUCUUAAGUUACAUCACAGGACUCACACUGGAGAGAAACCACAUAAAUGCAUGGAAUGCGGAAAGAGCUUUAGUCAAAGUAGCACUCUUAAGUUACAUCACAGGACUCACACUGGAGAGAAACCACAUAAAUGCAUGGAAUGCGGAAAGAGCUUUAGUCAAAGUAGCACUCUUAAGUUACAUCACAGGACUCACACUGGAGAGAAACCACAUAAAUGCAUGGAAUGCGGAAAGAGCUUUAGUCAAAGUAGCACUCUUAAGUUACAUCACAGGACUCACACUGGAGAGAAACCACAUAAAUGCAUGGAAUGCGGAAAGAGCUUUAGUCAAAGUAGCACUCUUAAGUUACAUCACAGGACUCACACUGGAGAGAAACCACAUAAAUGCAUGGAAUGCGGAAAGAGCUUUAGUCAAAGUAGCACUCUUAAGUUACAUCACAGGACUCACACUGGAGAGAAACCACAUAAAUGCAUGGAAUGCGGAAAGAGCUUUAGUCAAAGUAGCACUCUUAAGUUACAUCACAGGACUCACACUGGAGAGAAACCACAUAAAUGCAUGGAAUGCGGAAAGAGCUUUAGUCAAAGUAGCACUCUUAAGUUACAUCACAGGACUCACACUGGAGAGAAACCACAUAAAUGCAUGGAAUGCGGAAAGAGCUUUAGUCAAAGUAGCACUCUUAAGUUACAUCACAGGACUCACACUGGAGAGAAACCACAUAAAUGCAUGGAAUGCGGAAAGAGCUUUAGUCGCAGUGGUGUCCUUAGGUUACAUCAAAGGACUCACACUGGCUAGAAACCACAUAAAUUCCUGGAAUGUGGAAAGAGCUUCAGACUAAGUGGUCACCUUAGGUUACAGCAAAGGACUCACACUGGGGAGAAACCACAUAAAUGCUUGGAAUGUGGAAGGGGUUUUACUCAGAGGUCCUGAUAAUUAAUGCAUAAGAAACUCAUUCAGUUUUGUGCUGGUUUCCAGUGGAAAAAUUAAGCAACCAAAAGCUGACUCAAUGCAAAAGAGAGAAAAAGCAAAAAAAUGGAGUGCAUUUGAAGUGCCACUUGUGAUGUGUUUUACUUCUAUUGUUAAUUAACAGAGAGAUACCA